AUGUCUUGGCUGGUCCUUUCGGAAGGAGAACUAUCUAAGGUGUGGUCCAACCUCGGUGAGAGCAUUCCGGGCCAUAACAUCCAGGAAACUCCGGCUGCCAUGUGCUUGGCAGAUUGUAAAGCCCUCGGCAGUGGAGUCGGCUCAAGCCGACCAACAUCCAUCUCUGUCGACGUGACAGGAAGUUUAUAA